CAUUUUGCCUAAGUCAUGUAAAUUGCUCAACUCAGAGCUCCUUCCUGUUUUUCCGCUAGUGCCGUCUUCUCUCGUGCAGUGUUUGGCUGGGCAGGAAGUCCAGAAAAAAGUUUGCCCAGGAAGAGUUGCAAAUCUUUUAAAGAGGAAAAGCAGACCCCAGAGGAAUUCUCACAAGGACUUUCGUGAGGACGUUGUUUGCUUGUGUUGAGACGUUUGAAACUAGAGUGGUAUCUGCCCUACGCCAUGGGGGCUGUGAGAGGUGUUGUUGGGGUUGAAGGGAGUGGACAAGUGCUUUUGAAAGGAGAGGACUGACACACUGUUUGCAUAUUGACUCAGUUGUUUGAGCGGAAGUGCUCCAACCAUACAAACCAAAUUCCUGCUGAUGGAUUUUAGAGGGAAACAUUGCCCUGAAGCUUCAGACACUGCUGAGGAAUAGACACUCUCACACACACAUCAGGAGAGGGAGAGGAGAGGGGCCAGAAGAAGAGACAUGGAGGCACUGAGAGAAUCUUUUCUGAAUUUGACUUUUCAGAUGUCAUCCUAUAAGAGAGCCACGCUGGAUGAGGAGGACCUGGUGGACUCCACCGCUGACGACAUCUACCCAUCAUCACCCAUGCAGGUGACACUUCUGCACGGCCGUACUCCCACAUGUUGGCCAGAUAGGACACAGACAGAGCGGAGGCUGCUGUUUUUAGUGUGUUUCAUGUCUGUAGGCAUGUUCAUAUCGCUCAUCAUGACUGGGGUCUUCUACAAACAGACUCACCCUGGCUUGUGUCUAUCAGAGUCCUGCGUUACUGUGGCCAGUGCAGUGAUGGGGGCCCUGGAUCGAACCGUGGACCCCUGUCAUGACUUCUACAACUUUGCUUGCGGGGGCUGGGUGAAGAGCAACCCCCUGCCUGAAGGCAAGUCACGCUGGGGACCUUUCAGCAACCUCUGGGAGCACAACAUGCUUGUGAUGAAGCAUUUGUUAGAAAACACAACGAUAAAAGAUCUGAGUAAGUCCGAGGAGAAGGCACAGAGAUAUUAUCAGGCCUGCAUGAAUGAGAAAAAGAUUGAAGAAUUAGGAGCAAAGCCAUUACAGGAGCUUAUCAGCCAGUUAGGAGGAUGGUCCCUGACCGGAGACUGGGACAAGGACAACUUCCAGGAAGUUUUGCGUAUGGUGUCAGCCAACUUUCGCACCUCGCCGUUCUUCACAGUGUUUGUCAGCACUGACUCCAAAAACUCCAACAGUAACAUCAUCCAGGUGGAUCAGUCCAGCCUGGGGCUACCUUCACGGGAUUACUACCUCAACAAAACAGCAAAUGAAAAGUAUCUGUCAGCAUACCUCAACUUCCUGGUGGAAUUGGGGAUUCUUCUUGGUGGCUCCGAAGAGACUUCUUCGGCACUGAUGCAUGAGAUCGUGGACUUUGAAACCACCCUGGCCAACGUCACAGUCCCUCAGGACGAGAGACGAGAUGAGGAGCUCAUCUACCAUAAGAUGGAGGCCAAAGAUCUCACGACUCUAGUUCCUGCAGUGGACUGGAUGCCAUAUCUCACAGAAGUUUUUGCUCCUGUGCCACUCAACGAGUCAGAGCCAAUAGUUGUUUAUGCCGAAGAAUACCUCAAGCAAGUUUCGGACCUCAUACUCAAAACAAAUAAAAGCCUCCUCAACAACUACAUGAUAAUGAAGGUGGUGAGGAAGAUGGUGUCCAUUUUGGACCAAAGGUUCCAGGAUGCAGAGCAGCGCUUCCUCGAGGUCAUGUACGGGACAAAGAAGAGCUGCACUCCACGCUGGAAGCUGUGCGUCAGCGACACAGACAGCGCCCUGGGCUUUGCCCUAGGAGCCAUGUUUGUCAAAGACACUUUUGCCGAAGACAGCAAGGCCAUUGCUGAGGAUAUGGUUGCAGGUAUUAAAUGGGCGUUUGAGGACAGCCUGAAGGAUGUGAGUUGGAUGGAUUCGGAGACAAAAAAAGCAGCCAAAGAAAAGGCAGAUGCAAUAUACAACAUGGUUGGAUACCCAGAGUUCAUCAUGAAUGCCACAAAGCUGGACAAAGUGUUCAAUGAUUUUGAGGUGGUGAAAGAACUCUACUUCCAAAAUGUAAUGCAGUACUACAACUUCUCAGCCCGAGUGACUGCAGACCAGCUGAGGAAAACUCCCAACAGAAACCAGUGGAGCAUGACCCCUCCGACCGUGAAUGCAUAUUACAACCCAACGAAGAAUGAGAUGGUUCUGCCUGCAGGGAUCCUCCAGGCUCCGUUUUACAGUCGUUCCUGGCCUAAAGCCCUCAAUUUUGGUGGAAUUGGCGUCGUAAUGGGACAUGAACUGACACAUGCUUUUGAUGACCAAGGUAGGGAGUACGACAAGGAUGGAAACCUGCGUCCCUGGUGGAAGAAUUCAUCUGUAGAGGCCUUCAAGAAGCAGACACAUUGCAUGGUGGAGCAAUAUGGAAAUUACAGCAUCAACAAAGAGCCUCUGAAUGGAAGGCACACCCUGGGAGAGAACAUCGCUGACAACGGUGGACUCAAGGCUGCCUACAAGGCUUAUGUGAACUGGGUCAAAAAGAACGGUGAAGAGGCCACGCUGCCUGCACUUGGGAUGACGAACGAUCAGCUAUUUUUUGUAGGAUUUGCCCAGGUAUGGUGCUCUGUCAGGACACCCGAAAGCUCACAUGAAGGCGUCAUCACAGAUCCUCACAGUCCAUCAAGAUUCAGAGUCAUCGGCACCAUCUCCAAUUCACAAGAAUUCUCAAAGCACUUUGGCUGCAAAGCAGACGCUCCUAUGAACCCUAAACACAAGUGUGAGCUUUGGUGAUGUUUAUCAGCAAGGAGAAAAAUGGACGUUGGGGAGAAAGGAAUGACAAAGUCUCUAUGGAAAUGGAACGCAAGAACCACUGAAAGUCCUACUGCCUUGCCACUUAAUGCUUAUCAGGAUCCUUAUCAGGACAGAAUGUGCCUGCUUUGCACUGAGGAUUGCAAUCUUCGGUGCUUCUCCAAAAGAACUGUUGGUUUAAGCAAGCAGCUUUCCCUGAAUUAAAUGUAACUAUGAAUGCGCUUUUUGAACACUGGAAUCCCCAAAAAUGGUUACAGAAAAUGGGGGUAUCACUUUCAAAUUUUGUUGACUGCCUGUUUUUGACUUGUGGUGAUGAAUAAGCAAAGUGCUGUUUCUUUUUCCUGUAACUCUUCACUGCUUAGAUCUUCUGCCAUUUAUUUUUACUGUGUUUUAUUUAUGUUCACAAUUUUUUUAUAUGAAAGUGGACCAGGGACCUGCAAGAUUUUUAAUCUGAUGAAACGUAAAGUUCUACAUGUUAAUUAAGAAUGUUAUAUGUUUUAACUACAGCAACUGUUAAACCAUUGUAAAACUUAAUUAAAAAAUGUUUGUGUACAAUCUGGUCAAACGGUUACAUUUUAUAGAGAUACUGACAUGGUUUUGUGUUCCGUUGCUGCUUUUCUUCAUGCAGAAUUUAUGGUCAUAUAGGCUUAACAAUGAUUUAAGAGUAAGCGUUUGUCACAAAUUAUUUUGUAUAGUAAAACCAAUCUUAAAAACA